AUGGAUAUUGGAGUUCCGAGUGUUAGGAAUUUGUUCAGGAUUAAACAAGAGAGGGCGUUGUUAUGGAUUGCUAUUGGGAUUACUAGUAUCCCCUUGCACUUGUU